GCAUUAGUAUCUUUGUGACAUUCGUGGUGUACAGUUUACAGUAAAAUAAAAAGUGAAAAAUGACUGGUCGUGGAAAAGGUGGCAAAGGCUUGGGUAAAGGCGGCGCCAAACGUCAUCGCAAAGUGUUGCGUGAUAAUAUCCAGGGCAUCACGAAACCAGCUAUCCGCCGUUUAGCUCGUCGUGGUGGCGUAAAACGUAUUUCUGGUCUUAUUUAUGAGGAAACUCGUGGUGUUCUAAAGGUUUUCUUGGAAAAUGUUAUUCGUGAUGCGGUCACAUACACCGAGCACGCCAAGAGGAAGACAGUCACAGCCAUGGACGUUGUUUAUGCGCUGAAAAGACAAGGCCGUACCCUGUACGGUUUUGGAGGUUAAAAAAGAAAAUGAAGAAUUUAUGUUGACACCAAUCGGUCCUUUUCAGGA